GUGGGAAGGAGGGAGGAGAGGAGGGGAAAAAAAACCCCCGCUUUUGGUUGAGGUUUUCCUGUUACUAUCACUGUAGCGUUUAUUUAGCCAAUCUCCUAACUAUGACGUGAGGAAGGCAGGAAUCAUGGCUCGCUCAUAAUAUUUAACACACCCACUGAAAGCUGGAGCUGCAGAGCUACUAGUCCAACCAGUCUCCAGAAUUCAGUGUAGCUGAAAGAGGUUUUCACUCUGCACCUGCCAAAGAUCUCUCCCCCCUCUUCCCUUCUCUCCCCCUUUCUCUCUUCCUUCCUCUCUCUAAAAGGCAGAUCUGUAAGACCCAGCAGAGAUCAAAGACGGGACCUCUUUGCUAAAAAGAACCUCUACUGAUUUAUAUUAGUUUCUUUCCUCUAAUCCUUCCUCCCCCCCCCCCCCCCUUUUUUUUUUCUGUGCCAUAUUUAACCUUUAUGUUGCAGUUUUGCCAUCAGACAGUUUUGCAGCCAAAAAAAACCAACCCAAGCCAAAGCAAAAGCCCAGCUCGGAUACAGCAGCCACCCAGACUUGAUCUCAGUUGAAGGUAUUAAUCUCUCCCAAGCACUGGACGCGAUGGAUGAAGAAACUGGAACCGCUCUAAGAAAAUUAUUUUCCGGCCAAUGUUCUUAAACAGUCUCAGAGAAGAGAGGGAGCGAAAGCGAGCGGGAGAGCACUUCUGCUGCAUCACUGGUCAAAUUCAAAGGAAGGGAGUCAGCGUUUCCAGCACAGCCAAAUAUUAUGGAUGAUUUUUUUUCUUCUGUCGCCUUUCCGUACAGCCUGUUUGUUUCUCGGCGCCUAUGGAGAUAACUUUAUUGACUUGAUCGCUCGCUUCCCGAUCCGAAAGGAGCAAGCCAAAGCCCCGGGGGGGGGCUGGAAGCCCCACGCCCGCCCGGGCUUUUUCCGCGAAAGCUUCUCCCUCCCUCCCCCUCCCCCGGUAAUUUAUUAGCCGCCCCGGCCAUGAAAAUGCUCCUGGUCCGCAAGUUCCGGGUGCUGAUCCUCAUGGUGUUCCUCGUCGCCUGCACCAUGCACAUCAUGAUCGACCUGCUGCCGCGCCUGGAGCGCCGGGGGACCGAGGGCCGCCCCGGCUGCUCCUGCCCGCCGCCCGCCGCCUCGCCGCCCCGCGCCGCCCCGCGCUGGCCCAGCAAGCACACGCUGCGGAUCCUGCAGGACUUCAGCGCCGAGCCGGGCUCCAACCUCUCCUCGCAGUCGCGGGAAGCGGCCGAGCGGGCGGCGGCCGGCGGCGGCGGCGGAGGCGGCGGCGGCGGCGGGGGGGGCGCGGCGGCGGCGCGGCCGCGGCGGCUGAUCGCCCCCGGGGCGCCGCGCCCGCCGCCCCCCGCCGCCGCCGCUGCCGCCGCCGCCGCCGCCCCGCUGGCCGCCCUCUUCCAGCACCCGCUCUACCGCGCCGCCCUGCCCCCGCUGGCCGACGGCGACCUCCUCUUCAAUGUCAACAGCGACAUCAGGUUCAACCCCCGGGCGGCCGAGCAGCCCGAGUGGCAAAACGAAGAUAAUGAAGAAUUUUUGCCAACUGGAGAAACCUCCAUAGACUCCUACCCAAACUGGUUAAAAUUCCACAUUGGCAUUAAUCGGUACGAGUUGUAUUCCAGACACAAUCCUGCAAUUGAGGCUUUACUACAAGACCUGGUCUCCCAAAAGAUAACCAGUGUUGCGAUGAAAUCAGGAGGCACCCAGCUGAAGCUGAUCAUGACGUUCCAGAACUAUGGACAAGCAUUGUUCAAACCAAUGAAACAAACCAGAGAACAAGAAACGCCACCUGACUUUUUUUAUUUCUCAGACUAUGAAAGACAUAAUGCAGAAAUAGCAGCAUUUCAUUUGGACAGGAUCCUGGAUUUCCGUCGCGUGCCACCAGUUGCAGGUAGACUGGUUAACAUGACGAGAGAAAUACGAGAUGUUACUCGUGACAAGAAACUGUGGAGAACGUUUUUCAUCUCACCAGCCAACAACAUCUGCUUCUACGGGGAAUGUUCCUACUACUGCUCAACAGAGCACGCCCUGUGUGGAAAACCAGAUCAGAUCGAGGGGUCUCUGGCUGCUUUCCUACCUGAUUUGUCUUUAGCAAAAAGGAAAACCUGGAGAAACCCUUGGAGACGUUCCUACCACAAGCGCAAGAAAGCAGAAUGGGAAGUUGAUCCAGAUUAUUGUGAAGAGGUUAAACAAACCCCCCCGUAUGACAGUGGGACCAGAAUUCUGGAUAUAAUGGAUAUGACAGUUUUUGAUUUCCUAAUGGGUAACAUGGAUCGACAUCACUACGAAACCUUUGAGAAGUUUGGAAAUGAAACAUUUAUUAUCCACUUAGAUAAUGGAAGAGGGUUUGGAAAAUAUUCCCACGACGAACUUUCCAUAUUGGUGCCUUUAAACCAGUGCUGCAGAAUAAGGAAGUCUACCUAUCUGCGAUUACAGUUGUUAGCCAAGGAGGAAUACAAACUCAGUCUCUUGAUGAAGGAAUCUUUACUAAAAGAUAAAAUAGCUCCCAUUCUCUACCAGCCUCACUUGGAGGCGAUGGACAGGCGGUUGCGGAUUGUCCUCAAGGCUGUUAGUGACUGUAUAGAAAAGGAUGGUUAUGACAAUGUGGUUGAAAAUGACUUUAACACUGAUGUUAACACUGUUACGACCGAGAGGUAGUGAAAUCGCAAGACUACGUUUUUACCAGCCAAGUACAGAAGUUUCAAAGAGGAAAAAGAAAAAAGAAGUCUUGCAAAAGACUGUGUAUGCCACUUUGUGAAUUCAGUGAAUUCAGAAAUGAGCUAUAAUUGUUCCCAAAGUAGGUAAAGUGUAGACUCUGCAAAGGAUUAGUUCAUUAAGAAAAAUAAGUCUAAUGUGAUGCUUUUCAUUAGUUCCUAAAGAGAGAUUAUGAAAAGAUUCAGAAAAUACUCAGAUCAUUGACAGACAACAGUCUGAUAGCAAAACACCUCCUGUCCUUUUUGUAUAGAAAGGAGGCCUUUACUUAAUAUUUUGUAUUUAUAUAUGGUAUAUCUAUGAAACCCCAGACCUACCUACCAAAUUUAACUAAGAGGGACGGCAUAGUUUUGUGACUCACACUUUAUUUGUGGUGACAGUCCACUUAGUAUUUUGUGUUAACCCUUUAAGUGCUCUAAUCCACUGUAUCUUAUUUAAAUUGAAUGCUUUUUUUUCCCAGCUACUCAGUAUUUAAAGGGUUAAGGCAUUAUGAACUUUUAAAGGCAAAAAAUAAUAAUUAUUAUAAUAAUAAUAAAUACAGUGGUUACCAGAAGGGAAUUUCACUGAUUGUGCAUUGACAGGAAUACUUGAAUGUUGGUUUUACAAAGUGAUGUAAAAUGACAAGUUGUACUAUUUGUCCAUAAGGAGGUGGCAGCUCUUAUCUUUCUAGACUAUCAUAGCUGAGCUGCUACUUUUCAACUUUGCUUUUGAUAGUUUUGUGUAAAUAUAUACAUAUAUGGGUAAAAAGCUGCUUUCAGCAGCUCUAGGCUUACUUUUGCAGCAUUUUUGUGGAAUUGUUUGCAAUGUGGUAAAAGUGCAAUAAAGAUAUGGCAAAAUGUGUA